GUCUGUCAGUCAUUGUGUUAUGUCAACCUUUUAACAGUCUCAAACAUCAGAACAGUACUACACUACAGUAGUUCUUUCUUGUUUUCACUUUCAGUUCGUUCGAUUGUCGUUUUUGUCAGAUUGUCAAAACUCAACUAUUAGGCUAAGUGUUAACUCAAUCAGACAAACAAGUUAAACAUAACAUAACCAAACCACCAAUAAUUGCAGUCUUCAUGUUUAACUGACAGAUUCUGUACCAUGGGAAAAGCACUGGGCAUUGAUCAUUUGCCCCUCGAAGUUCUAGAGGUGCUUAUUACGUUCCUCUCGGCAAACGAUUUAACCAAUUGCAUAGGUGUUAGUCAAACUUGGUAUAGUAUUUUUAGUAACGAUUUAUUUUGGAAAAGACAUUGUAUAGGUAGUUCAAAUGACUAUUUUUCAACAACCAAGUGCCUUGUUGAACCUGGUUUCGAACUAAAAAACGACACAGUUUUGCCCAUUCAAGAAAAUAGGCUUCGGUUCUUGCAGGAACAACACUUAUUGAAAAAUUGGAGAUGUGGGCGCUUCAAGAAGGAAGAAAUUGAAUUUGACUGUGAUGACAGCAUCAGCUACAAUAUUAAUGUAUCAUUUUUAGACAACGACCAUGUAUGCCUUCAUCUAACAUAUGAAACUCAAGUUUGGAAUCUAGCUGACACCCCAGUCCUAGUAUUGACUAUACCUUACUGUUUGAGUGAAUUGUGGGAAGCCAACAUUUAUAAAAUAGUCAAUGGCAACCUGAUAGUUGUGAUCCAAUGUAAUGUUGUUCAAGUUUACAAAAUUUGCUUGGAUUCCAAAAGCUGGGUUCUUUAUCAUGUCUUCUUUUUUGAUAAACCUGAAGAUUUCUCUCGUAGUCUAACAGCUGAUAGCGAUGUUGAUAGUAUCUUCGUCUCAACAUGUAGUGACUUUUCAGAGGUUAAUUGUGAGUGUGUUGUUUGUGGACAAUACAUGAUUGGAGCCUAUAUAAAUGGGGAAUCUCCUCUCUUGCACAUUUGGGACAUCAAGACGGGGAAAAAGGUUAAAGAGGAUAAAUACGAAGUCGGACAAAUACAAUAUAUAACUUUUAAAUCUACAAAACAAGUCACUGAUAAGGUCCUUGUAACCUACAAAUUAAAAAAUGUCACUAACAUAGGAGGUAAUGUGGGAAGAUGGAGCUCAAUUAUUUAUGAUACUUCAUUGUUACAGUUUAUUCUGCCUAGUAGAUUUGUUCACAACGGAAGUGUGUUGUAUUUUGAUGGCCAUCUGAGUGUCAUUGAUGACACACCCAUCAAGAUAGUACAUCAUCAUGAUGCAAUGCACCAGAAUGAAACCAUGACUGAACCAAGCAAAUCUUUGCCUGAUUAUGUAAAAUAUGUGACAUCCGUUAAGCCCCUAGGCAGUAACCUAUUGAUAUCUACCAAGCAACAAAUAUACAUUGUAAAUACUGUAAAUUUGGAAACCUGUAACCUUAUGAAAGCAGAUUUUAGACUUGAUCAUAUUGAAGUGUUGGCUGGGAGAUUUGUUUUAUUGCAUGAAAUUGAUUAUAAAAGCAUUAAAGAGGUAUGGGAAAUUGGCAAAUCCUGCAGAAAAGUUUUGGAAUUUCCCGAGGAUUCUGGCACUUACGUUGCGUCGAAUAGUGUAUGUUCUAAGGCAGUUUUGGAGCAAGGUAACAAACUUAUUGUAUUGAAUUUCUGGUAGAAAUUGGUUAGGGGUGAAUGUGGUUAAAGGCUGUCUCAUGUUAAGUUGAGGCAGACUACCUGACCAGAGGGUAUAGCAGGACAAUGGCUAGACCGAACCUUCGACGGACCGUCCCGACCCUUGGAGUAAAUCCCAUUAACUACGCUUCACUGAAUACUUCACUUAAAAGCGUAAAUAUAUUGAUUAAUUAAAAAUAUAAUAAAUUCAUCAUAUCUGAAAAUAAUGUAUACUAGGUUAUAAAAAAACAAAAUGUUUCAUGUUCGUCCCAUGCAAAUCGGCCGACUUGAAGUAUUAAAACAAACUGCUAAUUUGUCUCUUGUAGUACAAAAUUAAUUUAUAAGUCUGUAUUAAUAGUGCAUAUAUCAAUGUAAAUCAAAUUAGAGCUUUGUCUUAGAUUGUUCAAAAUUAUAUAUAAUUUUUGUAAUUUUUACAUUUUAUACGUUAAAGAAGUGAGAUUAAUAACCGUGUGGCUUAAAUAACGGGUUUGAUUAAUCGCAAGGGCAAUAUGUAAUUGUUAAUUAAAUAAAAAAAAAUCUAGCCACCAUCUAUGUCGGGAACCGGAGAAUCAGUGUGUAUCAAGUUGCAUCCUACUCCAGUUUUGAUAACAAUAGAGGUUUCCACUCAUUAACGGCGUUUCGAAUGCUUAUCUUUAAAGGUAAGGGUCAAGUGGAGGUGAUAGAUUUCUUCCCCUAAAAUCACCUAAAUAUUAUGAACGAAGUAUAAUACAGAAUAUCAAUUGUUAGUAAUUUAAAAUUAAAUAUUGUACUUACAGUAGAACUCCAACUAUCCGAACUCCAAUUAACCGAAUCGCCGAUUAUCCGAAUCGCUUAUUUCAACAAUUUUAAUAAUGUAAAGCUACAGUAAUAAUAAGGUUUGGAAAAUAUCAAAGAAUUGUUAUUAACAACAAGUGUAGAACACUUGUGCUAAGAGUAUUGUAUACUGUAAAAAUGUUCUGAUUUCAUUUAUUAUUAAUUAAAAAUUCAUUUAGUACCGGAAAUGAGGAUUUUUCUUGGAAAUUCCCGGAAUUCCUGUAAAACUCCGAUUAUCUGAAUUUUUGAUUAUCCGAAUGGGGUCUGGUCCCAAUUGAUUCGGAUAAUCGGAGUUCUACUGUAGUUAUAAGAGUAAAAGUUUGUUUUAAUACUUAAAGUCGGCCGAUUAGCAUGGUACGAACAUGCAAAAUUUUGUUUUUUUAUAACCUAGAAUACAUUAUUUUCAGAUAUGACGAAUUGAUUAUAUUUUCAAUUAAUCAAUAUAUUCACGCUGUUAUGUGAAGUAUUCGUUGAAGCGUGGUUAAUGGGAUUUACUCCGAGAGCCGAGAGGGUCCGUCGAAGGACCGGCCUAGCCAUUGUUCUUCUCUACCCUCUGGUCAGGUAGUCUGCCUGUUGUGGAAUGAUCUUGUAAAAAGUCAGUCGUAGGGGAAGCUGGGGCAAUAAGUAGACAAAAAGGGUAAUAAGAGAACCACUAAUUUAUAUCUCUAAAUCUAAUAGGAGUAGGAAUGAAAAAAUCAUACAAUAAGUGGUCCAAAUGGUAAACCUAAAAACUAAUUUGAAAUCUCUAUGACUUUUGAAAUUAGUGAAAAAUUAUUAUCUUAUUACCUCCCUGACUACCUGAAUAAGAGUGUAAUUUUCUUAUUUGAAAGUAUUCUGAAGUUGGUGGGGUAUCAAGAGAAACCUUAUACAUACAUAUUCAGAAAACUGUGGGGUAAUGAGAGAAUUUUUAAUAAUUAUUUUAAAAUAAAUUAACAUGGCUAAUAACUUUUUUUCAUAUCUUCUUUAUAAUCUCCGUUUUAGGAAAAACAACUUUAGAAUUAAUUUUUGAAACAACUCUUUGCCGAUAAAAAAUAUAUAUGUUUGAUAGGCUUACUUAUAAAUUCAAACUACUAAAUCAGACCUAAGCCUUUUUGUUACCUUAUAAUAGUGAUGAGUAAACAUUGAAGUACAAAAUUACAACUUUAUUUAAUUGUCCAACUUUCAAACUACUAAAAACUAUUUUUUAUAAAUUAGGUAUGCUACAUUUUUUUCUCGUAUUACCCCAGCUUCCACUACUAUGAUGAGGCUUUAAUUAUGGAAAAUAACUGUUUAUAGAGGAUAAAGAUCUUUUGUUAUUUACCUAUUUAGGGUAGCUGAUAACGUUUAAAAUUAACCUAUAUCUUGAACACCUUAAGCUUUAUAAAAAUUUAGCCUAAUUCCUUUGAACAGGUUAACCGUUAUGUUAAAAAACUUAAGGGUAGGCUAUAUUUUUUUAUACUAAGCCAACGUCAUGAUUAAAAAUCACCUGUAGAGAUUUUUUUUUAUUUUCAAACAAAAAUGCUGAAGGAGUAGAAUGUAGAAAAUACAUGGAUAGGAGAGUAAGGAAACCUCAAUCCAAGAGGAUUUUAAUUUUUUGUACAUAAAUUUCUUGAAAUUGAGAGCUAAACUUAUCUCAUACCUCUGUUUGGGUUUUAUGAGUGUAAAAUUUUCUAUGAGUUAGAUAUAGGGCCUAAGGUUAUUUCUGCAUAAUUUUUUUAAACAGUUGGUUCCCAUAGACAGGCCCACUUUUAUAAACGGGCAGACUGGGCAUAUGCCCAGGGGCGCCAGAGGUUUGGGGGCGCUCACCGGGUGUCCCCCAACCACUGCCUGCCCACACUAGGAAAAAAGGGGGCGCUGCUUUUGUGUUUGCCCAGGGCUCCACUGACCCUUAACGCGGCCCUGCCCAUAGAAGAGCACUAGGCUAACUGUCUAGAUUUGCCCAUAGUACUAGCUGUCCUGGUCAUUGUUUACUGAGGUUUAUUCUGUAUGUAAAACUAUUGGGUUCCAAAAUAAAUAAAGCCUAACUUGUACAAA